AUGUUCUUGUUCCUUUGUUUGAUCGUAUUGCCUACAGUAUUUGGUGGCACUACGGUACUGGAAAUUUGCAAUAAAACGGUUGGUGGUGAUAAUAAACGUCGUCCAACGGUUGAUCCAAAUCUAUGCUAUGAUAAUGACGCUAAUGCUUGUCAUGCAGCGUUAGGAGUGACAGAUGGUCAAAAAUUACUAAAUCAAAAUAAAGAAGAUGAGGAUUAUGAAGUGCAUGAAAAUUGUUAUAAACCAGAGCUACGAGAUUAUGCACAACGAGAAUGCCCAAGGACAUGUGCAAUGUGUUGCUUAAGCAAAGCAUUCAAUUGCGAAAAUGGUUAUUAUUUUUAA